AUGGUCACCCAACGGACUCCCUCUGCCAUCAAAUUUCACGACUCGAAGCAGAAAUUCCAAGCUGCGUUUGACCGCGCUGUCAGUCAAAAGGGAGAGGCUGAAAAGCAAUACAAUGACGACAAAGAAAUGGGUAUAACCAAUGAUAAUUUCAAUAUGUGGUCUGCUCAAAAUUAUCCUUCCUACACUGCCGCCAGACAGGACUAUAGAGCUGCCAGGGCGUACUACGAGCAGGUACUCAAACAGGCUGACGAUGAAGGUUUUAAGGCUUGGCAGGAAAAGCUUCAACAGGCGGCGAGAGACAACCCAGGACCAGAUGGACAUCCAGAUUACGACACCUUGGUCGGGCCUGACGAAUAA